CUUUUUGUAACUCUAUGUCCAAGAUGGCGUCGUUAUUGCCUCACGCAAGAUGGCGGUGCUACCGGUUUCUUUUUCCCUUUCGCCUUCUAUUUGGCGGGGCAGCAUAACUUUGAUCCAACUAACCAAUCAGAGUUUCAUGCUGGGCGUGGCUUCUCGGUUGCUGUGGCAACCGGGCCCAGUAGCCGUGAGGGCGCUAUUGGGGGAGUUCUGAAGAAUUUUCACCAAGCUGAGGAGCAGGUCUUUUCCCAUUGCAGGUCCAUGGCUGAAGUGCACGUGAUUGGUCAGAUCGUGGGAGCCAGUGGAUUCCCCAGCAGCAGUCUUUUUUGCAAAUGGGGGAUCCACACAGGUGGUGCCUGGAAGUUGCUGGCAGGACUUCGGGAAGGGCAAACGCAAGUCGACCAUCCCCAGUUGGAUGACGUGGCUUAUUGGUCCCACCCCAUUGACGUCCACUUUGCCACCAAAGGCUUGCAGGGCUGGCCCAAGCUCCACGUCCAGGUGUGGCACCAAGACUCCUUUGGGCGCACCGAGCUGUACGGCUACGGCUUCUGCCACGUGCCGUCCAGCCCUGGCUUCCACCAGCUGGAGUGUGUCACCUGGUGCCCCCUGGGCUCAUGGCAGGAGCAGCUGUCCCAGCUCUUUGUGGGAGGGGGCCCCCAGUUGCUGAACACUGAUCUGAUCUACACGGGGGCCGACCGCUACCGCCUGCAGACCCGCACCAUGGGCACCGUGCACCUCCAGCUGGCCGUCCUCCUGCGCAACUUUGACCGCUAUGGUGUCGAGUGCUGAACCCGGGCUGCCCCUCUUCCCCCCCCUAUGGGCCUGCACCCAUGUGGCGGGCCUGAGGGCAGGCCUGAGGGCUCCUCCCCCUCAGCCCAAAGACUGGAAACCUCACUGCUCAGGAAGGAAAGACUUCUGCAGCCGUGAACAUGGUGUCCUUGGCAGAGGAGCGUCUGCCUCAGGGCUGACAGGGCCUCUGUGCUCCCACCUGACUCUGAAGAAGGGCAGCUCCAUUCCAUCAACAGCUGAAGCACAGAACUUACGAGCCAAAUGCCUUGAGUUUGGUCUCCAUAUCAGGACUAGUGGUUGAUGCUUGGCCCAGAGGGGUACGGAACCAGAUCUCCUGGGACCUCUUCUCAGCCAAGUGCCUCACCCCGUGAGCAGCAUCUGUUGUGGCCUGGGGCACCCUUGAGACAACCACCCUUGUGCACUUGGGGGGCUCUAAGGCUCUUUCCCAGUUUGAUUUGACAGAGUUUGGACAUAUCACUCGGCACAGAGAGGACUGCUGUUCCCAGGACUUGCACCACUUACACUGUAUCCCCCCCCCCAUUUAUUUCUGUUUCUUUCUCUUGUUUGCAUUAAACAGGUUUUCUCCAG